AUGGAGAGCCCCAGCAAUGCCUCCGCGCCCUGCGGCUUCCUCCUCCAGGGCUUCUCCGAGUUCCCACACCUGCGGCCAGCGCUCUUCCUGGUGCUGCUGGGCGUGCACCUGGCCACCCUGAGCGGCAACCUGCUCAUCCUCGUGUCGGUGAUCUCCGUGCCCACGCGGCCACCCAUGCUGCUCUUCCUGUGCCAGCUGUCGGCCAUCGAGUUCUGCUACACACUGGUGGUGGUGCCCCGCUGCCUAGCGGACCUGGCUAUGCCCAUCCAGGGCCGGGGCAGCCCCAUCUCCUACCUGGGCUGCGCGGUGCAGAUGCAGAUGUUUGUGGCGCUGGGCGGGACCGAGUGCUUCCUGCUGGCCGCCAUGGCCUAUGACCGCUACGUGGCCAUCUGCCACCCGCUGCGCUACGGGGCCUUGGUGACCCCAGGGCUGUGUGGGCGGCUGGCCCUGGCCUGCUGCCUGGGGGGACUGGCGGUGUCCGUGGGGCUCACGGUGGCUGUCUUCCACCUGCCUUUCUGCGGCUCCUGCCUGCUGGUGCAUUUCUUCUGCGACAUCACGGCGCUGCUGCACCGGGCCUGCACGCGGAGCUACAUGGACGAGCUGCCCCUGCUGGGCGCCUGCAUGGUGCUGCUGCUGCUGCCCUCCAUGCUCAUCCUGACCUCCUACGGCGCCAUCGUCUCGGCCCUGCACCGCCUGCGCUCCCCCGAGGGCCGGCGCAAGGCCGCCUCCACCUGCGCCUCGCACCUGGCGGUCACCUUCCUGCACUACGGCUGCGCCACCUACAUGUACGUGCGGCCCAAGUACACCUACGCCCCGCGGCGGGACCGCACGCUGGCGCUGGUCUACACCAACGUCACGCCGCUGCUCUACCCGCUCAUCUACAGCCUGCGCAACCGCGAGAUCGCCGCCGCCAUCCGCAGGGUGCUGGGGCGGCUGCGCUCGGGCAGGUCUGGGUGA